AACGCGAGCGCGUUCUCGAGCGCUCAGCUGAGAAAAAGCUCGGGCGAGUUGAGCUGACAGAGUUUGUCCGAAACCGUCAAGAGGAAACAAACCAGCGGGGACUAAAACGUCCUCGAAAUGACAACAAAAACCUUCUCCGACCGACACGGAUAUCCUUAACUACAAGCUGGACUGCAUUCGGUCCCCGUGAAUGGCUUAGCAGGCGAGUUAUGCGCAGUUGAAAAUGAGGGAGCUUGUGUUUUUUUCUCCCUCGUCGUCCAGCGAGAGGACAAGAUGGCAGCGCGUCGAGCAUGCAGCGGGUGCGAAUUAAAGCCCAACAUGUUCACUAAACACCCGCAGAACGACCACAGUUGCUGUCUGUGAAGGUAUGGCCUCACAGGUUACGGUCUGCCCACCACAUGUUUAUCAACCCCAGACAAGUGCCUUUUGCAGAGCGAAGAAAAUUGAUCCCAGCAGCUGUGUUUACCAUGAGAAGAUCCCUCGCACUUAUGUGGUCGGUGUGAAUCUAGGCAUUGCGCACCCUACAGAUAUUAUACCUUUAUUGAGAUUUGAGGCUUUGACUAGUGAGAAACCCUGCCCUGCUCGGAAUUUCUCAAAACAGACUGAAUCAGCUCCACAGGAGCUCCUCAGAAGGGCUUCUUCGCCAUACAAUCGUGUGGCGUCGGAGGGCAAACUUCAGUAUUUCUCUAAAGCAGAGGUUGGAGUUGAAGAAAAAAGUGGAGACAGUGGCCAAAACAGCCAAGGUAGUAGUAGAAGCAGUGGAGGUGCUCCAGAAGGGGUGAGGAGAAAGGAAAGGAGCGGUGGCUUGAAUUCAGACGAGGGAACCCAAAAAUGUGGGUUUAAAUGCAAAGGACAGGAGAUUGAAAAUAGCAAGAGCAUCAUGCAGAUAGUAGAGGAGCAUUCGACUCUACCUGCCAUGUUGCCAACAAAUGUUGGGAGCACAACUGCGGUAGGCGUUGCCCCGCCCGAGCAAAAGGGAACCGGGACAGGAGCUGUGAACGGCACAGGCGAUGGUGACUAUCAGUUGGUCCAACAUGAAGUGUUGUGCUCCAUGAAGCACACCUAUGAAGUGCUGGAGUUCUUGGGACGUGGUACAUUUGGUCAGGUGGUCAAAUGUUGGAAACGAGGCACAAAUGAGAUUGUGGCAGUAAAGAUAUUAAAGAACCACCCCUCGUAUGCCCGCCAGGGUCAAAUAGAGGUCAGCAUCUUGGCCAGACUAAGUGGGGAGAAUGCAGAGGAGCAUAACCUGGUUCGGGCUUUCGAGUGUUUCCAGCACAGAAGUCACACUUGUCUGGUUUUUGAGAUGUUGGAGCAGAACCUGUACGACUUUCUCAAGCAAAACAAGUUCAGUCCGUUGCCACUGAAGGUUAUUAGGCCUGUGCUGCAACAGGUGGCCACUGCACUGAAGAAGCUCAAGAGUUUGGGCCUGAUCCAUGCAGAUCUUAAACCGGAGAACAUUAUGCUGGUAGAUCCCGUCAGACAGCCCUUCCGUGUGAAAGUCAUUGACUUUGGCUCUGCCAGCCACGUCUCCAAAGCUGUAUGUUCAACAUACCUUCAGUCUCGCUAUUACAGGGCUCCGGAGAUCAUCCUGGGCUUACCCUUCUGUGAGGCCAUAGACAUGUGGUCGCUGGGCUGCGUCAUCGCUGAGCUCUUCCUGGGCUGGCCGCUUUAUCCAGGAGCGCUGGAGUAUGACCAGAUCCGCUACAUUUCUCAAACUCAAGGGUUGCCAGGAGAGCAGCUUCUGAACGUGGGGACGAAGACGGCACGGUUCUUCUGCAAGGAGUCCGAUUCACCGUACACUGCCUGGAGACUGAAGACGACGGAAGAGCACGAGGCAGAAACGGGGCUAAAGUCCAAGGAGGCGAGGAAGUACAUUUUCAGCUGCCUUGAUGACAUUGGACAUGUGAAUCUAAUGCUCAACAUGGAGGGCUGUGACCAGUUGGCAGAGAAAGCUGACAGGAGAGAAUUCGUGGACCUGCUGAAGAUGAUGCUGAUGAUUGAUGCCGAUCAGAGAAUUGCCCCUUCGGAUGCACUUACUCAUCCUUUUGUCACUAUGCAGCACCUGAUGGAUUUCCCCCAUUGCAACCAUGUCCAGUCUUGUUUCCACAUCAUGGACGUAUGUCAUUUAAGAACCAGCAUCUUUGAUACUCUCAACCGCAACAAAGCACCGCCACUCAUGAAGCCCGUGACGCUUCCAAGUGCUCCAAAUAUCACUGUCGCCUUCAACAAAAUGCCAUCUGUCCACUCUCAGACCCUGCCGCCGUCUGCUCCACCUGUGGUGCAUCCUGGGAUUCCCAUCCAGACCGGAAGCGCCCAGUUUGGGUGUAACGAAUCUUUUCAGCAGGCGCUCAUUCUGUGCCCUCCUGCAAUGCAAGGAAUCCCUUCUAACCCAAAUCAGCCAGCCGGGUAUUCGGUUCGAAUGGAGAACACCAUUCCUCUGGUGACCCAAGCCCCAGCUAUCCAGCCCUUACCCAUGAGGCCUGGAGUUAUAGCACAACAGCCGUGGUCCAACAGAACUCCACAGAUCUUGGUGCCAGCUUGGCAGCAGGUCCCGCCACCUGCUACGAGCUUGGCAUCUGAUACAGUCGUCGGAGCGCAGAGGCGAGGAGACUGGGGGAAAGUGCGACCACACAGCAGCCAUUACAGUUCAGUGAUGCCCCAGCCUAUUGUUCCUAACCAAAUGGCUGUGUCAGCCCAUCAGCCUAUAAACAUUGGCAUCGCUCAUGUUGUCUGGCCUCAACCUGCAUCUAACAAGAGGAACAAACCAAGCCAGAACAGAAGUAUGAAUGUGUCGCAUUUCACGGACACGCAGCCCUCAGUGUGUCCAUCACCAAAGAUGCCGGAAAUGUUGCCGAGUGUGGAGCCGCAAACUAGCUCUCCAGAAAGAGCAGUGCAGGCCCAAGUGAAGCAGGAGCCAAAGCAGACAGAGGAGGAGGAGAGCUGCUGUAAGACAACAGUGCCCAAUAAGCAGCGAGAGUCCAUCAUUAUCAGAGAGUCGCCCAGCCCGGCGGUUAGUGUCAUUAGCAUUAGCAGCGGCACAGAUGAGGAGGAGGAGCAAGCGCAGAGGUGCUCCCUUAACAAAUGUAAAGGCAGUCCAGAGUGCGAGGCCUGCACAGGCUCUCUAAACAUGGAACGUGUGUGUUCCCUCAGCAGUCCUGAUAGCAGUCUGAGCACCAGCUCUUCAGCCUCAGCACAAUCCAGCCCUUCACCAUGCAAAAGACCCAGCAGUAUAUCGGAAGAUGACGGCCAUGAAAGUGGUUGUGAAACAGUAGAUGGGUCACCCCCCUCAGACUCCUCACUAGGACCCCAUGAAAGUCCCUUCCCCGAAAGACGCUUCCUGCGCAAUCAAAACCAGAACCAGGAGCCACGGGCCAGACGUGGACAUCCCAACAACACAGGGCUGAAUAAGCCUGCAGUGAGAACAGUGGUGGUGCCGCCCAUGAGAGUGCUGAAUAAUAACCAUCAUCCCAACAAUGAGCACCUUGCAAUCAGCACAGUCUUCGAAUCCUCUUGCCAGUCCAGAAGUCGCUGCGGCCCAGGACGACUGAGCCACCUUUCCACCCCCACGCUACCCCGCCAGCAGAAACUGAGCUCUUCAUUCCAGCCACAGCCGCUAGGCUUUGGCCAGGUCCAGCAUUACGGCUCCUGCCACAAGGAGUGGAACGGCAACUACCGGCAGCCGCGCAGACCGCAGGCCUUCAUCCCGCCCACUGUCCACGGCCCUACCUUUCCGCUUCCCCACGGCAGUCCCACACACUCAGCCGGCCACCCGCCGCCUCCCGCCCUGCUCUCCUAUCCGCCUUCCGCGCCCGUGGCCCACCUCUUGCCUUCACCAUGCCCACCGCCGGCGCCUCGGCCCGUCUUACAGCCCGCCUACAGCCUGGUGCACCACCAGGGCAUCAGCAUGGGCAUCAACCACAGGCUUCUGCCCUCUCCCACCCUUCUCCCGCAGGGCCAAUUCAAAGCCCUCUUUCCCCCGCACUCCUAUGUGGCGUCGCCCGCCUACGCCGGCUUCCCCCUCAGCCCCAGCAAACUCAGUCAGUACCCGUACAUCUGAGCUGGAGCCCACGACAGCCACGCGCACGCAGCCGGCACUGAGCCACGACCACUUUCCUCCUCUUUCCUUUUCUUAUGAUGUUUCAUGAUGCAAAUCGAGCUUUAUUCAGAGAUCAUGGAGAAUUAAUUAAACCAACGAAUGCGUGAGUGAGCGAAUGACUGAGUGGAUUGAACACAAAACUCACUUUUAAUGUGUUUUUUGCACAUUUGAUACAACAAAAUUUCCCAUAGUCGCAGCAGGACCCCUCCCAUAUGCUAUUUUUCGAUAUUGCCUUCUGACGUGCGUAUUAGACACAGUGACUCGUCAAAGCCAUCGCUGUCUCCAGUGUGUGUGUGUGUGUGAGUUUCCUUGUACGUAUUUUUUUCCGUAGACGUCCCACGCUCCUCAGUGUUAAGUCCCGGUGUUGAAAAGGUUGUCACGCUGCAUGUCUUUUUGCAUGGGCUAAAAACCAAUGUUGGACUCUCCAAAAAAAAUUUGGGAGGGGAAGGCCUGCAAAUCAUCGCUUUUCGCUCCUCUGUGUAUUUGUUGUAAGACUUGCUGCAUUGAGUCCAUUCGGAUUCAAUAAACAGUGCCUUAAAAAUACGUGUUGUUGCAAAUUAACCCAGAAUCCCAUGUGCAGUCACGCGUGUAUCAGACUGCAGCACUUGAAACUUUUUCAAUCAUUCGUUGUGAUUUUUUUUUCUUUUUUUUUUUUAAAUAUUAGGGCUGUUUCAUUGAUCUUUUCAUCUUUCUUUCUCAUGCUUUACAUAAUCUCGGUGUCGUUUGCGAUUUUUAUUUAAGUCAUCUCUUUAGGGUCGCGACGGGUGUUUUUCGUUUUGGGUGUCGACAAUGAAAUCACCCCGAGUGCAUGAAUUGUACAGGCGAAAAAUGUUUUGUUUAAUGCCUUAGAUGAAUUGCGCAUUAUUGGAAAGCAGUCCUCUUUUUGUACGUGUGGUAUUUACAAGGUGGACGUAUUGCGUCGAGCGGUAGCAACGUUAGAUUUUUUUUUUUUUUCAUUUUCUCCCUGAGGAUAACGUGCCGUAGCAGAGGCUGAUAAACUAUGUACAGAAACGUUUGCGUACUUUCAUCAUUGAUAAUCUGUUUCUACUCUAAUAGUAUUUACACUGUUUAAUGAAACUGCAAUACAAUCCAUAGUUUUCGGGGUGUGUGUGUGUGUGUGUGUGUGUGUGUGUGUGUGUGUGUGUGUGUGUGUGUGUGUGUGUUUUCAUUUUCUUUCCAUCGAUUCUACGUUAAUUUUAGAGUUAGAAGUGUUAUCGGUGUUGGAUUUGUAUCAGCAGAUAGCUCUUUUAUGAUAUUGUAUGGUUUCAUGUUUGCUUUGUGCAGAAUUAUUUCAGUAUUGAGUAUCCAACUGUAAAGUCUAUCAUUGCUGGAGUAUUCAGUGCUUUAUAAGACGAGAUGGUUGAUGGUGUGCAAUUUUCCUCAUAGAUGCAUGUGACCAGAUUUGGAUUGUUUUGUAUUCUCUUUCAUUUAAUUUUGCUUGUUAUUGGACGCUGGCUGUUUUAAUUUCAAACAUUCCGUCAGGGAGAAAUAGCUUUGUUUUAUUUUAUUUUUUUUCUGUGUGUGCUUAUUUUAGAUUUAAAGUUUUGUUUUUCAUUUGGUGCGUUCAUUUAUUAUGCUUUCGCUACACCAAAGACAGUAAUUCAUUUCUUAAGCAGAGUAGCUACUGUUUUAGCGUAGACCUCGAAACGUAGUUGUAUUUAACAGAUUUAAAUAAACACAAAUUAUAUGUAUAAAAAAUGUUGAGGUUGAUGUUUAGCUUUUUUCGGGCAAGUUCUGACUUUGUUUCAUUUAUUCUUGAAUGUAUCAUAGAUAAGCUGCUAUAUACUGAUUGCCACUUCAUUAUAGCUGUGAAAUUAGAUGAUUAACUUUGUUCUUAGCCUUCUUAUUUUUAUAUACGUCUAAUUAUUCUUGAAUUAGAAGUGAGAUGAUUUUUGUUUUUCGUUUGUUUGCUUUGGGUUUUAUCGUACUGACUGGCAUCAGAAGCGUUUUAAUGCCUCUCUGUUUUAGUUUCUUUUCAUUUGAAGUGUCAUUGUAACUACUGUAUUGCAAGUAAUGGAGUUUUUGCUUUUUAUUUGAUUUUGUGCGCGUGUGGGGUUUGUAUUUUUACGUUUCGUUUGCAUCAGUGUUUUAUCUGUUGGGCUAAUCUUGCGUAUUAGAUGCAUAUUGGUAUAUAUCUAUCUUAGUACGUAUAUAUAUUUGCAUUUUGUUAAAGCAUAGCUUGCAGGAUAGAUUUAACUCGUUUGUUUUAAGCAUCGAUAUGAAGUCUGUAUUUGACGACCCAGUUCUUUUACCAUUUCAGUAAUGCCGUUAGCACUUGAUACUUUGGAGAAACUAGCUACAAAUUCGGGUUUGGGUAUAAUGAAUCAUCUCAUCUCGGUAACUACAGUGCUUAUAAUUUUGUUUAUAAUUAUUAAUUUCUCCCUUUACUAUUAUUAUUGUACAUACGUGCGCACACAAAAAGUAUCAGGUGUAUGAAUUGAAUUCCAACAAUGCGUGCGUUUUAAAAACGGACUGUUCAUUAGCUCCUGUUCUCAUUCUGUGGGCCGUUAUAGGAGUGUGCUCGUUCCCUUCUCUUUAAAGCGAGAUUAGUGCCUUUGAAAUGUGCUUCAGACCUUUAUAUCCCUUUUGCAAACACUGCCUGCCAGCCUCUUCCUCUCUUUCAUGCUCUCGGAUGACGUGAAAGCUGCGGCGUUUGCUAGUCAGAAGUGCUGUUAGCAACUUUUGCUUCAAAGUAGACAACCAUCAGACGUGGAGAACCCGACAACUUAACCAACGUAUUAGUCAUGCAAUGCAGUAAAUCACCUUUAAGGAUUGUUUUCUCAGUGGUGGAAAUUAAAUCCAAUCAUGCUUGAUGCUAUUUUUAUGACCAAGAAACGACGACAACAAACAAUAAUGAAAUGAUAUCAGGGAUUGUUGUUCUUUUAUUCUUCUUAUUCCUAUUAUGCUGACUAUAAACACCCAAGACACGGUUUUUUCUCGUAUUUGGGAAGCUUUACAUGAUACACUGUGAAUGUAAACCACAUUUUGUGAAGUAGAAAAAUGAUCCCUUUUGUUUUUGCAGCGUCAUGAGAUAUAUUACAGUCCAAAAAAGCGGCGCGGUUCCUCAUAGUUUGAGCCCGCUGUAUUUAGCAUGUAGCACUAGAGAUGAGUACUAAAUUGCUACUCAUGGGCACAUUAUAUGAAUUCUAUCACAUUAGCUCACAACAUAGGUCUAACUAAACCCAACCUACCAAGAGUGAAACUUGAGGGAUUUGAAGACGAAGCUAAAAGUUGAAAUGACUCCCAAAAACCAAACCGUUUGAUUUCAUGCUUUUAUUUCUUGUACAGUUAAUUCAGGGUCCUUGUAUUUGUCAUAUGUGCUACUGUGUAACACUUGCCGAUUUCUUUUGUGUUUUGGGUUGGAUUGCUUUAGAUCUAUUUUUAACUCUUCUGCGAGAUUAUAUUUUAGUACAAGUUAAAUCUCACUGCAAGUUAUCGGAUAAUAUUUAGAGUUAAGAGCAAACAGACUUGAUUUACUAAAAAUCUGAACUGUUACUGUUUUCAUAUUUGUACAUUUGAUUUUUUUGUGGCUUUUGUUUUAUUUUCUGUUUGCUUUCGAUUUCUAUGCUACAUUAGUUUGCCAUGUAGCCACUGCACUGUGCAAUAUUCACUAUAUGAGGACUGGGAAACUUUUUUUUUUUUAGAUGUAAUGUCUCUUACAGUUUGCGGUCGUAUUUCUCUCUAGUUCUCAGUGAUUUAUAUGUGACCAAGCCUUAUGUACUUUGUCACAAAAAGCGGGUUUUCCUGGUGACUAUUGGUGAGUGUCAAAUUAAAGAAAUUAUGGUGUAUUGUCAAAAUUCACUUUGAAUUAAAAUAUAUAUUGCUGCGGGCACACAA